AUGCGAUGCACCGUUGCAUGGGCCGUCGCCGCACUCCUGGCGCAGGCCGACGUUUCCUCGGCGACACCAGCAUCUCUACUAACUACAACCGACAUCCAACGUUUAGUGCAUUCGACCGUCGUUAGCCAGCGAAAUCUCCCCACAACGAGGCUGCUGAGGGUUCAUAAGCUCUCAAGCCUGGAUGACGAAGAAAGAGGCCUCCCCGUGUCCGGUCUCGAAGCAGUCGCCAACUCGGUCAAGUCCACAGUCUCCGUGGAGAAGCUCCGGGAGUGGCUCAAGAGAGGCGAGAGCACGGACGACGUCUUCAAGCUCCUGACGCUCGACAAGGCCGCCGACGACCUCCUGGCCAACCUCAACUUGAACGCCUGGAUCAACUACAUCAAGCUCUUCAACGAAGAAAACCCGACCCAGAAGGUCAGUCUGAUCGCCACCCUCACGGCCAAAUACGGCGACGACGGCCUGGCCAAGCUCAUCGAGGCGGCCAAGAAGGUCCCGAGUACCGAGGACAUCGCCAAACGGGUGCAGGCCGAGCAGCUCCAGAGCUGGCUGGCGGACAUGAAGACCACCAAGGAGGUAUUCGCUCUGUUGGCACUCGACAAGGCAGCGGACGAUCUCCUGGCCAGCCCGCUGCUCAACACGUGGCUCAGCUACAUGAAGCUCGUCAACGAGGACAGCACCAAGAAGACGAGUUUGCUCGCCACGCUCACGGCCCACUACGGAGCGGACGGCGUGUCCAAGAUGAUCGAGUCGGCCAAGCGCGUGCCAAGUACUGCGACGAUGGCCAAGCGACUGGAGAACGAGCAGAUCCGGCGGUGGAUCGCCGACGAAAUGUACCCGAUCGACGUCUUCACCUUGCUGAAACUCGACAAGUCCGGAGCUCAACUCUUCACGCAGCCUCAGGUAAACACUUGGCUCAAGUUCGUGGACGACUUCGGGAAGGCCAACCCCAACACGGAGAAGACGUUGUUCGCGGUCUUGCAGAAGCGCUACGACGAGCCGACGCUGGUGCAGAUGCUCAUCAAGGCAAAGAACAUCCCGAGCAUGGAGAGUGUCGCGGUUCGAAUCCAAGCCGAGCAGACCAAGUUCUGGUUGGGUGUCGACGUUGAAACUGCAAAGGAGCCUGCUAGAGUUUUCGAGUUACUCCGACUGAACUUUAUGUAUGAUGGACCAACGCUGUUUAGCAGCCCGCAAUUCAACGCGUGGAUCAAGUACACGGAGGAGUACCGCAAGAUUUACUUUGGAUCCGAACAUACCAUCAUCUCAUCGAUGGAGGCGUUCUUUGAUACCAAGAUUGUAGCGACAAUGAUUGCUACUGCGAGCAAGAAAACAAGUACAGCCAGUAUCGCGAAACGACUGGAGACCGAGUUGUUGCGGGAUUGGUCCAAGGCUUUACAAACUCCAGGACAAGUGUUUACCAAGUUAGAGCUUACCGUGGAUUACAAGCUGUUUGAGCGGACACUUUUCCCGCUUUGGUCGAAAUACGUGGCGUACUUCAGCGAAGUGGAACCGAGCUUCAAGGUGACUUUGCUCAACCAGCUGACGAAGAUCUACGGUGAGAGAGACCUGUGUAAGGUUCUCGUUAGAGCGGAGAAGGUGCCCAAAACGCAUGACAUCGCGACGGACCUGCUGAAUGCACAGCUGAGUUUGUGGCUCAAGCAGGAAACGGACCCAAUGAAGGUCUACCAGUUGUUGCGCGUGGGAAGAGCAGCGGAGAACGAUGCCAACAGGCUGCUGUACAUCAAAUACGUUAAGGACUAUGCACUUGACACUAAAAUUUACUAG